GUCUCUGGGCCCAGACUCUAUGGUAGCUGCCAUUGGUGGUCAUGGCUCUUUGCCUUACUCAGGUAUUUAAUAAAGACAGAACAUUUCGCCCCAGGAAGAGGUUUGAACCCGGAACUCAGCGCUUUGAAUUGUAUAAAAAGGCCGAAGCCUCCCUAAAGUCCGGCCUUGACUUGAAGACGGUGGUCCAGCUUCCCCCUGAAGAAAACAUUCAUGAUUGGAUUGCUGUGCACGUGGUGGACUUCUUCAAUAGGAUAAACCUGAUCUAUGGGACCAUGUCUGAGUUCUGCACGGAGCGGAGCUGCCCCGUCAUGUCUGGGGGUCUCAGGUAUGAAUACAGGUGGCAGGAUGAGCAGAAGUAUAAGAAGCCCACUAAAGUGUCAGCUCCUCUGUACAUGAACAUGCUGAUGGAGUGGAUCGAGACUCUGAUAAACAACGAGGAUAUAUUCCCAACUAGAACAGGGGUCCCCUUUCCCAGGAACUUCCAGCAAGUUUGUAUGAAGAUUCUGACUCGUCUGUUCCGCGUCUUCGUUCACGUUUAUAUUCAUCACUUUGACGGCGUUGUCAGCGUGGGAGCCGAGGCGCACGUCAACACCUGCUACAAACACUUCUACUACUUCACCACCGAGUUCAGCCUCAUCGACCAUCGAGAACUGGAACCGCUGAGAGAGAUGACCGAGAGGAUCUGCCACUGACGCCCCUAACCCA